AUGUCGAAUAAUAGCAUUUCAACAUACAAAUUCAAACCAUUUGAGUUCACUGUAUUAAAGGAAAAUCUUGAACCACCGCAACGCUCGUUGGUGAGACCUGUGCGUCGCGUGGUUGGCAAUGAUGCAAUAUUCCUUUUUAGUGAAUUCAAAGAUCGAACAAAUGAUGCUCCUGGUCAAAGAAUGUCAUCGCCUAUGCAUCAAAUUUGGAAGUAUAGUUUGGAUUUAGGUGAAUGGAAAGUCAUCAAUUGUAAAAAUUUUCCUCAGGAAUUAGUAACUAGUUGUAAUAGAGCUACACUAUCUGGUAACAUAAUUAUUAUGUAUAGAAGUAUUGGAGUUACAUCUGGAGGAAUUUGGAGCAACCGCAUGUACUUGGGAAAUUUAGCCAAUGAAUAUAAAGGAAAUGGAAUGAUCUUUGUAAAUAUAAAAGAGUGUGGAGAUUUUCUGUUACCAGUAUAUAUACUAGGUGUUGUAAUGGAUGGUCAAUAUAUUUAUUCAAUUGGUAACACAUAUGGUAACAAAAAUGAGAUGGAUGUUCAUCGAUUUGAUCUGAGUACAAAAAAAUGGGAGUUGUUAUAUAAGUCAGUAAGGGAACGUAUUGUCCUUGAACCUAGAUAUCAACAUGAAGUGGUAUUCUACAAGAGCAAAAUAUACAUAUUUGCUGGCAAAGGAGGUGGUAAUCAUCCAGCUGUUGCUUUGAAUAUUUUCUAUGAUUUUUCGAAAAUCCAUAUGUUUGAUGUGGACACCAAACAGUGGCAAUUACUUUCGGCCAAACCCGACCACAGGGUGCCAGAACCUGGUUAUCCGAUUGACAGAUGCUUUCUUGCCUGUGUCCAAUGUCCUGAGAAAGCUAACUUGGUGUAUAUAUGUGGUGGUUUAGAUUAUUACCUACCCCUCAAAGACUUUUGGCGUAUUGAUUUUGACACCUUGCAAUGGGAAAAACUCACCCAGUGGAUAAUGCCUCGGCCAGUAUACUUACACUCAACUGCUAUAUCGCCUUCUGGUCGUAUGUAUUGUUAUGGUGGCAUAGUUUCUGAAAAUUAUAUAGAUUAUAGAAAUAGAAGCAGAUCUACAAACACUUUAAGUAGUGGAUGGAUUAAGAUACCCAAAUUGAAAGACAUAUGUUGGGAAGCAAUGAUUUACUAUUUCAAAGAACAGAUGUUUAAGUCUACUGAUGAGUGUCUAAAGAAAAUUGGUAUACCUCAAGAAUACUAUGAACGGAUAAUUGAAGCGCGUAGAAUUUGUUAA